AAUCCGUCAUCUGUCAAAUGAAAACAACAUUUUUUAUUUGUGCUUCCAGACGGUUUUUGUUUUCUUGGUUUUUCCUUGAAAAAGAUUAAAAUUGAAGUCGCAUAAGUUCAAAGAAAGGAUUUUAUUUAAUCAAUUACUCAUAGCACUUAUUGUUUAUUUCCUUUGUUUUUGAUAUUAUGCUAAAAAUCUAGUCAAGGGCAAGACGGAAGGUGGAAGUAGUCGCAGUCGCUAAUCAAUUUUUGCAGGGGAAGUAUUUUUAUCCAUAAACACUACACCAUAAUGCCGACAGAAUUCUCAGUGGAAAAUGUCAAUGAUUACUUCACCAAAUUGAACCCCAUUGCCAUGAAAAUAUCCUUUGACAUUGAUGAAACUAAAUCGGCUUAUGGACACAUUUGGGAGAAGUUAAAUACCAACGAACACAAUGAAAUAAUCAAUGAAACUUUAAUGAAACCUGAGAUCUCCCUGAGGUACUUUGAUAAUUUCUCUAUUACCACAACCGCAUCUUCUCUGUCACUCUCAUCAAUGGUAACUCCCAGUCAAAAUGAGGAGCCCGCAAAACGCCCCGCAAGUCAACCUAAUCAUCAUUAUCUAGACACAAGAAGGUACUAUGACUUUGAUGGUCGGAAUUUGUCGACUUUUUCCGAUCAGAAAGUGGGGCUUAAGCUUGUUCACGACGAGACGUUUGGAACAUUCCGAGAUGGUCAUUCGAUGCCGUUUAGCUACAAGACAAAAUCCCAGAUCAAUCUUAAGUUGUUCGCCGAUGAGGGAGCUGAUUUGAUGCGCUCGUCUCAGAUUAAGUCGACUGGGAUUUCGGAGGCUCUUCAAAAGCCACUUCCAAAGAAAUCUGACGAACCUAAAGUGUGCACAACCGCCGCCGAUUCAGAAGUGCUUCAAAUAUCUGCUGAGGCGUUAAAGAAACUCCAAACGGAACUAGCAUCGAAUCUCUUAAAUCGCAACAAAAGCGAGAGCACCCCCGAGAACACCACCAACAUCACCCAGGGCCUUAAAUCCUUCGACAACAUAGACGCAAAAUAUCAACGUUUCUAUGAUGACUCAAAGGAUUCUGAAAUCGACAAUCUACCAGUGUCUAGUAACAACGAGAUGAACCUUCGUAAAUUAAUAGCGAAGAAUGGUAAAUCCAUUGCCACGAAAUUCCAUCAUUCAAAAUAUGGCUACAACGAUACAACAGACGACGAUGACGAAUUCGAGAGAGUCAAUCUAAUGAUGAAUUGUUGUAGUCUAUCUGCAGGCGGUAUGACCACUUCAUCAUCUUCUGCCCCGUCCGAAGAUGACGAGAAGACCCUCUGCGAGGACUUAAAGGGUCUACUAGAGAACGAUGGUCUGCGAAAGGGAUUUGAUUUUUUAAACAACUGGUAAAGGCUGAAUGGUGCCAUGUUUUGGAUAGUAGUUUCUUAAGAGGAAUUCCUAGAAUAGUAUUAUAAAAAAAAGUCUUUUGUAAUUUUAUAUUUUAUAUAUUAAGGAUAAAAAUAUAUGUACGAGUAGGUAAACCUCAGUCCCAAAUAUCAACAGAUAAAUAAAUAAUAUCAAUAUUACUUAGAGUCGUAAGUUUAAACUAACCAUGACAUUUUACUUGAACUGUUUUUUUAUACUCUACUUAUUCACAUAAUUAUAUCAUAUUUUAAGUUUAUUUUCA